AUGGCGACCCCAAACAAUGACCCUUCUUUGGGAAGAGACUCCAUCGAUAUCAAAUUCGAGACCGAGAGUGCAGCCACUGUCUUGGGCGAAGAAACACCCAUGAAGACUAGCACUAAGGGUAGCCCCGCAUCGAGCCAACACAAUUCCGACUGGGCUCUAUUAUCAAAGGUCCAACAACAACAUGAGCGGGAUCUAGCUUCAGGUUUCAAGCGACAGGAGCUGGGUGUUACUUGGCAAAAUGUCAAUGUGGACGUGAUCAGUGCCGAUGCCGCAGUCAACGAAAAUGUCUUAUCGCAAUUCAAUAUUCCUAUGCAUAUCAAGGAAUCACGCAACAAACCACCCCUCCGUACAAUCCUUCACAACAGUCAUGGUUGCGUCAAGCCCGGCGAAAUGCUGCUUGUUCUGGGCCGUCCCGGCUCCGGCUGUACCACUCUUCUGAAAAUGCUUGCGAACCGCCGAGGAGGAUACAAGUCAGUGGAAGGAGAUGUUCGAUUCGGAUCAUUGACCUCCGACGAGGCAAGCAAGUACCGUGGUCAAAUUAUCAUGAACACCGAGGAGGAACUUUUCUUUCCUACUUUGACCGUUGGUCAGACCAUGGACUUUGCAACCCGCCUCAAGGUUCCUUUCAAGCUCCCUAAUGGUGUCGAAUCCGCCGAGUCUUACAGCGAAGAUUCCAAGAAUUUCCUGCUUCAGUCCAUGGGUAUCGAACACACUGCAGAUACCAAGGUUGGCAAUGAGUUCGUCCGUGGUGUCUCCGGUGGUGAGCGCAAGCGUGUCUCUAUCAUUGAGUGCAUGGCUACCCGUGGGUCUGUCUUCUGUUGGGACAACAGUACUCGUGGUCUUGACGCUAGCACAGCUCUCGAGUGGACUAAGGGCAUUCGUGCCAUGACAGAUACACUGGGUCUCUCGACCAUCGUCACAUUGUACCAAGCUGGUAACGGAAUUUACGAACUGUUCGACAAGGUCUUGGUUCUCGACGAGGGUGAACAGGUCUACUACGGACCUCGCGCUGAGGCGCGGCCUUUCAUGGAAGACGCCGGUUUCAUUUGCCGUGAGGGCUCCAACGUCGCUGACUUCCUCACUGGUGUCACCGUGCCAACCGAGCGCCGCAUUCGAGAAGGUUGGGAGAAUCGAUUCCCACGCAGCAAGGACGUUCUACGGAAGUCGUAUGAGGAGUCGUCUAUUUACACGCAGAUGAUUUCUGAGUAUGACUAUCCCAAUUCCGACGGUGCUCGUGAACGGACUCAGGACUUCAAAGACGGCGUUGGCUACGAAACUUCCAACCAGCUUCCGAAGGGCAGUCCCUUCACGGUCAGCUUCACUGAGCAGGUCAAAGCCUGUAUCGUUCGGCAGUAUCAGAUCCUUUGGGGAGAUAAAGCAACAUUCAUAAUUAAGCAGGUCGCAACCUUGUUGCAAGCUUUGAUUGCUGGAUCGCUUUUCUACAGCGCCCCUGAUAAUUCCAGUGGUCUUUUUGUCAAGUCCGGUGCCCUGUUCUUCUCUCUCCUCUAUAACAGUUUGCUUGCCAUGUCAGAGGUCACGGAUUCGUUCAAUGGUCGCCCGGUCCUGAUCAAGCAUAAGGGCUUCGCCUACUUCCACCCUGCUGCCUUCUGCCUCGCUCAAAUCACCGCCGAUAUCCCCGUCUUGUUAUUCCAAAUCAGCAUGUUCUCACUGGUUGUUUACUUCAUGGUUGGCUUAAGCAUGUCUGCUGGCGCUUUCUUCACUUAUUGGGUUGUCGUAUUUUCAAGUGCUAUGACUAUGACUGCCUUGUUCCGAGCUGUUGGUGCUCUCUUCACUACCUUUGAUGGAGCUUCUAAAGUUUCCGGAUUUUUGAUUUCCGCCCUAAUCAUGUACACCGGUUACAUGAUUCAGAAACCCGAGAUGCAUCCCUGGCUUGGAUGGAUAUUCUGGAUUGAUCCUCUGGCCUACGGCUUUGAAGCUCUUCUGUCCAACGAAUUCUUUGGCAAGACAAUCCCUUGCGUGAAUAACAACUUAAUCCCGUUCGGUCCUGGAUAUACCGAUUCUCAAUACCAGUCUUGCGCUGGUGUCGGUGGAGCAAAGCCAGGUGCCACCGUCGUCGCUGGAGAUGAUUAUCUCGCCUCCCUAUCCUACAGCCACUCUCAUCUCUGGAGAAACUUCGGUAUUAACUGGGCCUGGUGGGCUCUCUUCGUCGUCGCCACAAUUUUUGCUACUUCUAGAUGGCAAUCUGCAGCCGAGAGUGGAAGCUGUCUCGUCAUUCCUCGCGAGCGUCUGGACAAACAUCGCCAGAGCUCUAAGCUCGACGAGGAGUCUCAGGUUGUGGAAAAGUCCAAGCCCUCCGAGAACGACGCUCAUGACGACUCUGACCGUAUCGAGAACCAGCUUGUCCGUAACACUUCCGUCUUCACCUGGAAGAACCUCAGCUACACUGUCAAGACACCUUCUGGUGAUCGCACUUUGCUAGACAAUGUCUAUGGAUGGGUCAAGCCCGGUAUGCUGGGUGCUCUUAUGGGUUCUUCUGGUGCUGGGAAGACCACUUUGCUCGAUGUUCUGGCACAGCGCAAGACUGAGGGUACCAUCCAUGGUUCUAUCAUGGUUGAUGGUCGUGAUUUGCCUGUUUCAUUCCAGCGUUCCGCUGGGUACUGUGAGCAGCUUGAUGUCCUCGAGCCCUUUGCUACAGUUCGUGAAUCGUUGGAAUUUUCCGCAUUGCUGCGACAGUCUAAGGAAACUCCUCGCGAAGAGAAGCUGAAGUACGUCGACACUAUCAUUGACUUGCUGGAGCUUCAUGAUCUCGCUGAUACUCUCGUUGGCCAAAUUGGUGCUGGUUUGAGCGUUGAGCAGCGCAAGCGUGUGACUAUUGGUGUUGAGUUGGUGUCUAAGCCUAGCAUUCUCAUUUUCCUGGACGAGCCCACAUCUGGUCUCGAUGGUCAAUCUGCUUACAAUACCGUGCGAUUCCUUCGCAAGCUGGCCGAUGUUGGUCAAGCUGUCCUGGUCACGAUUCAUCAACCCUCCGCCCAGUUGUUCGCCGAAUUCGAUACGCUCCUCUUGCUUGCUAAGGGCGGUAAGACUGUGUACUUCGGAGACAUCGGCGACAAUGGAGACACUGUCAAGAACUACUUCAACCGCUAUGGCGCACCAUGCCCUAUGAACACGAACCCUGCUGAGCACAUGAUCGAUGUCGUCUCCGGUCAAUUGAGUCAAGGCAGGGACUGGAACAAGGUCUGGCUUGAGUCCCCUGAGCACGAAAAAUCCUUCAAGGAGCUCGACAACAUCAUCGAGACCGCCGCUGCUGCACCCCCUGGAACCUUCGACGAUGGCUUCGAAUUCGCUACCUCACUCUGGGUCCAGACCAAGCUGGUAACCACCCGCAUGAGCACAGCUCUCUACCGCAACACAGACUACAUCAACAACAAGAUGGCUCUGCACAUCGGUUCAGCUCUCUUCAACGGAUUCUCCUUCUGGAUGAUCGGUGACAGUGUCAGCAGCAUGCAGCUCCGUCUUUUCACAAUUUUCAACUUCAUCUUCGUCGCCCCCGGUGUCCUCGCCCAACUGCAGCCCUUGUUCAUUGAGCGCCGCUCCAUUUACGAACAGCGUGAGAAGAAAUCUAAGAUGUACUCAUGGGUUGCAUUCGUUACCGCACUCGUCGUCUCAGAGCUUCCCUACCUCUGCAUCUGUGCAGUUCUCUACUUCGCCUGUUGGUACUACACGGUCGGCUUCCCCCACGCAUCCGACAAAGCCGGCCCAACCUUCCUCAUCAUGCUCCUCUACGAGUUCGUCUACACUGGUAUCGGUCAAUUCGUCGCUGCCUACGCUCCCAACGCUACCUUCGCUGCCCUGGUCAACCCCCUCAUCAUCGGUACACUGGUCUCCUUCUGUGGUGUCCUGGUUCCAUACGCCCAGAUCACAGCUUUCUGGCGAUACUGGAUGUACUACCUUAACCCAUUCAACUAUCUGAUGGGUGGUAUGUUGGUUUUCAAUGUUUGGGACACCCCAGUGAAUUGCAAGGAGAGCGAAUUCGCCAUCUUCAAUACCCCUAACAACGUCACAUGUGCUGAGUACUUGAAGGAGUACAUGAUGACUAUCGGGGCAAACAUGAACCUGGUGAACCCCACCGCGACUGAAAGCUGCAAGGUCUGCGAAUACCACCAUGGUAGCGACUAUCUCAAGACUUUGAACUUGAAAGAGUACUACUACGGCUGGCGAGAUAUUGGUAUCGUGGCCAUUUUCGCCGUGAGCUCGUACGCUCUUGUUUACUUGUUGAUGAAGUUGCGAACCAAGGCCUCAAAGAAGGCCGAGUAA